AUGGUGGCGAAAUCUGGAUCAGUUCCUCAAAGGACAACAAUAGCACUGGAAGAUUCAGCAACAUUAUACUUCCCCUGUAGAGCUACAGAAGGCCGUUUUGUCGGUGUGUUUCUUCCAGGAACCAGGAGGGUUUUAAGUCUCUGUGAAGUGGAGGUGUACUCUGUUGACGACGCAUUUCCUACACCCAACGUGGCACUGAGAGGAGAGGCCGCCCAAUCGUCAACGCUCUCUUUUGCCGCUGCAUUCAAAGCCAUUGAUGGGAGAAGGAACUCGUUCUACACCAAAGGGUCCUGCAGCCACACUGCAGAGGGUGAGACCAGUCCGUGGUGGAGGGUGGACCUGCUAAGAACCUUUAUAAUCACAUCUAUCAAAGUGACCAACAGAGGCGACUGCUGUGCCGAGAGACUAGACGGAGCUGAGAUACGGAUCGGAAAAUCUCUUCACAACAAUGGAAACGACAACCCCAGGUGUGCAACCAUCUCCCACAUAAGACCUGGAAAAACCCUUACGAUCCACUGUGACAAUGGCAUGAUGGAGGGUCGCUAUGUCAACAUGGUUAUCCCCGGAAACGGAAAGACCCUGACCCUGUGCGAAGUGGAGGUGUAUGCUACUCCGAAAGUGGCGCCUCUACAAAAUGUAGCCCUUUGGAAAACAACAGCACAGGUGUCAGCAUAUCAGGAACAUCAUGCAAAUGGAAAAGUGAUUUCGGGGGAUUCUGCUAAGGCUGUUGAUGGGUGUCGACUUUUAAAUUUUGUACAAAAUUGCUGUGUCCAUACAUUAGAACAUAAUAACCCCUGGUGGUUUGUAGACCUGGUGUCUGUGCAUAAGGUCAGUGCUGUCACUAUAUAUAAUAGACAAGACUGCUGCGCUGAAACACUCAUAGGUGCAGAAAUCCGAGUUGGGAACAAAAGAUACUUCCAUGACCACAGUAACCCUAGAUGUGACGUUAUCUCAGCUGUGGUGGUAAAAAAACAAAGCGUCACCUUCCAGUGUCCAGACAUGGAAGGGCGUUAUGUCAGUGUGGUCAACCCAGGAACCAGUAAGCUUAUAGAGAUGUGUGAAGUGGAGAUCUAUGCUUCUCCAGUGGCUGACAUCACUCCUUCUGUACCGCCACCUCCUGCUGGUCCGGUUCUCCCUCUUCCCUCUGUGAGCCUGCUGCUUGGAGGCAGGAAUGUGACGCUGGUGUUUGCCAAGCUUUGCUGGUCUGAUGCGCUGAUCUACUGCAGACGACACCACUGGGACCUGCUUAGCCUCCACAGCGAAGAAGAGCAGAAUGAGGUGGAGGAUCUGCUGAGCCGCAGUCCGGUCCUGCUCACAGAUUAUGUCUGGGUUGGAUUGCGCCGAUUAUUAAUGAAAGACAGUUGGUUCUGGAUGUCUGGAGGUUCAAUGACCUUUACUAAAUGGUUGAAACAUCCACCAACUAAACUGUAUUCACACUCCUGUGGAGCCAUGGCCAGCAGAGAGCUCUACUCCUGGGAGAACCGGCCUUGUGAGCAGCCCCUACACUUCAUCUGCCAAACAGCUGAUGAGAAUGGAUCACAACUGCAAAGAAUCUACUUCUACAGCUCCAGCACGAAGCCAUAGGAAGGCUGAAAUAUACGCUCUGAAAGCAGAUUUGAAAUCUUUCUGUUCCCAUAAUAGCACAGGUGUCAAACAUGCGGCCCAGGGGCCAAAUCC